UCGCUGGUCUCACUUUUCACUAAGACUACCCCAGCCCCUGGUUGUCCGGGCGAAACACACACAGGGGCCUUUUUCUUGUGUUCUAAUUUAGUGAUACGUGAUCCAGGCUACGGAAGAGUGGAGUCAGUCUUCUGCCAUGAGAACUAACAAGAACAAAUGAGACCAGAAAGAAAAAAAAGUUAAAAGAGAAUUUAAGCUUCACCCUUUUUUUUUUACAGAGGCUGUGUGAUUGCAGACUCGCCCAAUAAGGCCACUGACAACACGCAACGGAAGCCAUAAUGUCUCUCCAUGUGCUGGCCAUGUCACUCGUCCUACUUACCUUCUCCUCCAAUUUGGCCAUGGCUGUUAAGAAGGAAAUCCGGGCGCCACAGACGCUGUCAAGAGGUUGGGGAGACAGCAUUUCCUGGGUUCAGACCUAUGAAGAAGGAUUGUACAAUGCAAAAAAAAGUAACAAACCUCUGAUGGUAAUACAUCACUUGGAAGACUGUCAGUACUGUCAAGCACUGAAGAAAGUGUUUGCAGAAAAUGAAGAACUUCAAGAAUUAGCCAAAGAAAGUUUUAUAUUGCUCAAUCUCAUGCAUGAAACAACAGAUAAAAACCUGGCACCAGAUGGAAAAUACGUUCCCCGUAUUAUGUUUGUCGAUCCGUCCCUUACAGUGAGAGCUGACAUCACAGGACGUUACUCAAAUCGUCUUUAUACUUAUGAACCACAAGACUUACCAAUUUUGAUAGAAAACAUGAAGAAAGCGUUGCGUCUUCUUCAAACAGAGCUCUGACCGUCUAUCUGGACUGCAGCAAUAACGGGACCUGAAGACUGAAAUCAUCACCGGCCAUUUUUUACUCUUUUUUACAUUACUUUUCACUUCAGUCCUUACAAAAUGAAUAUCCAACAUAUAGCUAAUUACCAGUGGCUUUGUGGCUCUUGUCCCAGAAGUCCCUGCAUUGGUGCCGCCGCUCCUUCCAAAGUGUGUGCUAAUAAAAGUGAUAAAAAACUGAACAAUUCAAUGUUUUAUAGUAAUCUAUGAGAAUAUAACAAUCUUCUAGAAAAUUAACAAA